UGAGCAGGGGCCUUGCCCUCUCUCCGAACUUUGAAAAGUUCACCGAAAUUUAGUCUGGUUGCGUGCAGGAAAGUCGAGACGGUUUUAAUCUACACCAGCGAAAGCAUUUUCAUCCAGUUUCAAAUUUAUCAAGGUUUUACCGUUAUUGAAGAAGUUUCUCAUUUUAUUUAGUAAACUAGUCGUUAUUUCAAAACAAGUAACUUUCCUCGUCUGCAAUCAAGGAUCCUUGGUAUCAAGUUCAAGCGCUAGUUUUGCUUUCGUUUGUUUUCAAGAAUCUUCAACACUCUAACGACCAUGACCUCUGCCCAGGAAAUUAAUCACUGUUAUGACUUUGCUUUGAAAUUAAUCAUCGAAUCCGCAAAGGUGAUUCGAAAUGCAUUCCAAGGUGGUAAACUUACCGACACAAAAGCGGGAAAUUGGGACUUAGUGACAGUGUAUGACAAACAAGUAGAACAAAUCCUUAUAACAGGAUUAUCAAACGAAUUUCCCGAUCACAAAUUUAUUGGUGAAGAAACGGUUGCCGAGACAAAUUUCUUGCCUGAACUGACAGAUACGCCCACGUGGAUAAUUGAUCCAAUCGACGGAACUACAAACUUUGUCCACUCAUUUCCACACACCUGUAUUUCCGUAGCGCUUGCUGUCAACAAGAAACUCGAAAUUGGCAUCGUCUACAAUCCACUAUUAGAACAAUUGUUCACGGCAAGACGAGACCGCGGAGCGUUUUUAAAUGGGAAACGUAUAGAAAGCUCAAAAGUCGAAGAUCUUACACAAUCUCUCAUUUGUAUUGAGGCUUCGUAUGCAACCAUAGAGAAUAUGAGAGAUACCAUUCUUGGUAGGCUUGAAGCUUUCGUAUCAAUUGCUCAUGGAAUCAGGACACUAGGAUCUGCAGCUUUAACUUUAUGUUAUGUGGCAAUGGGUGCAGCUGAGGCUUAUCAUUCCGAUAAUUUAUAUCCUUGGGAUGUAGCAGCAGGGGUACUUAUGAUCAGAGAGGCUGGUGGAUCAGUAAUCGAUACCAGUGGUGGAGAAUUCAACCUGAUGGAUCCUAGAGUAUUGGCAGUUGGUAAUCAUAAAUUAGGAAAAGAUGUAGUGAAACUAAUCAAACAUGCCGAUGCUAAAACUUUAAAAAAGAAAAACGCGGCUACAGAAAAGUAAUGAUAAAUUAGGACGAAAUGCAGCGUAGCUUGUCAAACACGCCGACGCUAAAGCAUUACGUCUCAUCUGCAAAGAUAUUAUUACAUCGUUUUAUUAUUAUAACAUGGUUUUAUUAUUAUAACGUUUUAAACUAAGUUUAACUUUCAGGUCCUUCUUACAAAAAAAUGUCGAUUAAAAAUGUAUAUAUAUAUAUAAAAGUUAUAUCAUUGCAUGCAAGAUUGUUUAGUAUAAUAUAAAAUGUCUAGAGGCAAAAUUGAAUGCAUAAUGUAAAAUAAUAAGUUGCGAUACUAAUAAAAUUCUCAUUUAUAUGUAAUGAA